AUGCCGAAAGUUGCUAUUUUGAUUUACUCAGUGGACGAUACAAUUGCCAAGUUGGCAGAGAAUGAGAAAAAAGGUAUCGAGAUAGCUGGUGGUGAGGCUGAAAUUUUCCAAGUACCAGACGUUAGCUACAAAACUGAAAACCUGGGAGAAGAAGGAGAAGCGGGAGGCAAAGUUGCUAAAACUAAUGCGGAUUUUUCGUACAAAAUUCUAACAAGAGAGACGUUGGUCGAGUACGAUUACUACUUAUUCGGAAUACCUACUAAGUUUGGUAACUUCCCCGCGGAAUGGAAAAGCUUCUGGGACUCUAACACUGGUGGCCUUUGGGCCAAGGGAUCUCUUCAUGGCAAAAUUGCCGGUUUGUUCGUCUCAGGCGCAAUAAGCGGAAAGGGGGAUACAGAAAUGUGUAUCAUGAACGCAAUGAGUACUCUAGUUCACCAUGGAGUCAUCUACGUCCCAUUGGGGUAUAAGAACGCAUACAAGGAAUUAACCGACACUGAUGAUGUCAAUGGAUCCUCCGCAUGGGGCGCAGGAUCCAUCUCUGGACUCGACGGUAACAGACCUCCCAGUGUUUCCGAGCUAAAAGUUCACCAACUUCAAGGGAAGGCGUUUUACGACCGCAUCAAAGAUUUGUAA